AAUUUCUGGGGUAAACAAGGAAUACUCCGGGUGAUCACCUACACAAAGAAUAAAAACAUGCCCAAAGGCCAUGUAGCAUUGUGGGAUUGUAAUCAUGUUUAUCAGGCACAGGAUUGGAUGGCAGGACACAAUCUGGUCACAGUUGAAUUCUGGCAGUCUCCAGAUUCAGAUUGCACUCAUAUGCCAGAUAUACCCCCACCUCCAGCACACCCAGAUGUGAGUAGGAUCUUGGCCGAGGUCAGACCAGGUGCCAAACCUGUCAAACUUCGACACCGACAUUGGGAGAAAAAAUUUAUUAAAAAAUAUUAUCAGCUGCACAAAACAAGUUAG